CGCACACGUUAAAAUUACGAUAUAAGGGAAGUAACUCUAUUUCCCGCUCAAACAAUGUCUUCGUCUGACCGUUCCGUCUCGUCUGCGAUUCAUUCAGCUGUUAAAGAAUUUCUCUCUGGUAAAUAUAUUAAAGCAAUAGAAGCAUUAGAUGUAUUACAAUUCCAGACAUUUGAUAUCUCCGAAUGGGUGAGAGACAAUAAUGUUUUUCUGUUUCGGGCGGUGAGGAACGAAUAUGAAGAACACGGAGCAAAUUCAGCGGAAAUUUGGGAAAGUUUUGAGAAGUUUUUGAUGAAGAUUCGCAGUAAUUCUUGUGUUUAUGACGACGCCAAACAAUGUGAGAAGUUAAUUCUUGAGUGUGUUGUUCUCUAUAACUUGUUAUUCUUCCAUACAGCACGACAAUUGGCUGCCACCAGCGACGUGUCUGGAAUUUCUCUGCAAACUCAAAAAUCUCAUUUCGAAAUCACUUUACAAAGAAUUCUUCAUUAUAAGAACAAAGUCGGUUCUGGUGAAGCGGUGUCUAGAAAAUCCAAGACUAGGAAACCAUGUAAGUCAAAUUCUGAUUUUCCUUGGUUUUGUUUCCAACCAGUUUUUUUCUUGUGUUAUUGUCUUGCUGUUUGCACAGACCAACAAAUGAUUGUUGAUAUUUGCCAUAGAUUUCGAAUAGAGGAAUCAAUAAAUGAAUCUGAUUGGAAAAUAUGUUUUGCUACUCCAGUUCUUGUUGGCUUUGAAGAAAAAUUGAAAAAUUCUCACCUUCUCAUACAAGAACUGGCUGUCGUUUUCAAAACGUUCGAUUCUACUCUUCCUCUUACCGAAACUCAUUUCAGACCUGAUGUUUCUCUCUCCCAGAACCCAUAUAAGUCAUAUGUUAUUUAUAUUAAGGCUCAUUCCCUUUAUAUAAAGAAUAUGUUUGAAGCAGUCCUGCAACUUUUCCAGGAGGAAGACACGACCUACUACACCGACGCACAGUCCGUAUUAUUCCUCAAUCUGAAGGCCUGUUGUUAUUUCAAAUUAGGCAAUUGUUGGAGUGCCGUAGAAAAUUUUCAAGCAGCUUUAAAACUCGACUUUUCUUUUCUUGUUCCUUUAUACAACAUUGCCGUUGUCUAUCAACAACAGAAACACGUUCAGGCGGAGCUAGACACUUUGAAGUAUCUCAUUACUGCUUUAAAUUCUACAACUUCCAUUCAAUACAACAUCGUUCAUUUGGGUGAAGACAAUCAAUUGAAACUAAGUCGGUAUUUAGACAUGUACGGGGCACCCCUACGUCUACCUUACAUCAUGUAUCUUAUUUGCAAACGCUGUCUCCAAGAGAACUAUUUAGACGAAGCAUCUGAACAUUAUCUUGAUCUUUUAGGUUAUUUCAGAGAUAACCAUUUCCUUCAGCACUCUGAGACGUAUAUGCUAUCCUGUCCUUUACCCAGCAUCACAGAAAUUCAUCUGGAAGCAGCGUUUUGUAUGUUAAAAGCAGGGAAAUAUGACGAAUGUAUUAUAAUUUGUGAUUGGUUAUUAUCUUGUGUGAAUGGUGACAAUUCUAGAGACUAUCUUCACGCCAGUUCAAUGAUGUUUUCUCAGUUGAAUAGGUCUGAUGAAGAAGAAGACUAUUUUUUACCGGGAAGUUCCCAGUUCUCCAAAGAUCGGAAUUGUUCUAUGACAAGUUUUGGUAAUUCUCCUGGCCAAGACAUUGGCACUAACAAUUCUUUAUCUCAUCUUGCAACCACAUUACUUGCUUUACUGUACAAAGCUGAUUCCCUGGUCCAUAUUGACCAACUGGAUGAUGCUUUACAAACUUUGCAGCUUGCAACACAAACUGUUCAAGAAAAUCCUCAUCUGUUAAGUAAAGUCUUACCUCUUCAGCAACCUUCAGAGAAAUGUCAAAAAGGAGAUGAUGAUAGCUCAGCCAUUCCAUUUUUAGGUGAUGCUACUGAUCCCCAGGCUCCAUUCCUCUCUGUUGUUCAAGCUGUCUACAACAACACUGCAGUUCUACUUCAGAGCAGGCACCGGUACCAAGAUGCUGUGCAUUGCUUCCGGCUGGGUCUUCAGAUUUCACCAAAAGACCUUCUGCUUUCUUUCAACUGUGUCUUGACCCUGAUUUGCUUAAAACAGUUUGAGAGUGGAGCUGACUUGUGGACAACAUAUCGUGAGAUGAAAGGUAGUAAAACAGCUUUGCAUAAACUAUUAAAAUCGAAAAGAACUCAGCUUGAAAGCUUUAAGAAUCAAAAGGAGUCCUUGAAAUCAACACCAAAAUGCACAGAUGAACCAUCUUUGUUUGUUGUUUUACAACUGGACAUUGCUAUUUUGGAGAAUGUCCUUAGAACACGAGAAAAAGCACUUUAAAUGCUAGGUUGGAAAUAUUCUUUGUCCCAGUCCUUUGAGGAGAUUAAAAAUGCAUGAGCUGAGAUUUGGGUAGCAGAGUGAAGUGUAUUGCUUAAGGCUCCACUCAAAUUUCUAUGAUAUACCAUGGUUUUUCUGUUGAAAUAAUUGGUUGACAAAGUAAUUACCCAACCACCUAGUACUAUCUUUUCAACUUCAAUAAUUGAACAAGGAACAACAUUGACAAAGUACCUUUCUGUUUAGAAAUUAAUAAAUACCAUUCCAUAUUGCAAUGGUUCUGUUCUCACUGCCAUUCUUGUAACGUUAUCUUCUUUGAUUACCACUGUGACAGUUUUAUUGUUUCUGUUCUACUAAUUAAACUACAAUCUCUGUGACAUGGUGAGCCAGUUAUAAAGGGACACCCACUCACACGCAUGUGUUCUGGGGGUCUGCUCUGACUACCAUUUGUAACUGUUAUAUAACCUUUGUUCUCGUCUGUUCUAACCACGCCAGUGAUAUUGGUGUAAUUACUGAUACGGGUGUCUUCAUUCUGUGACAGUGGACCAACCAGUUAUAGGAAAAUGUGUGUGCACACACACACACACACACACACACACACACACACACACACACACACUGUAAUAUCUACAUUCUGUGUGGUAUCUGCUCUGCUAGUAAUUCUAAUACAGUCUCUGUUCUGUGAAAGAUGAACCAAUUACAGUUCAAUAUCCACCAUAGAGACGUUGCUAUAUUUAUUAUAGUAUUGGAAACACAGUUUAGUCACAUAAUCGCCCUAGAACUAGGCUAAGUCCUUUGCCAACGUAAAUUUUUUCCCUUUCGUCAUCUCAGGUUCAAUAAAAUAUCUACCAAUAUC